GGACUUCUACGCUUGCAUAUAUCACCGAAGCGAUCCAUUCCUAUGAGUCAGUCGCUCACGCCAACCACUCGACGACGGCCGCCGCCAGGCAAAAUUCGUGGAAGAUUUUAAACACUCCGCUCCUCCACGCCGGCGGAGCUCCAUUGCCGAAUCCUCCCGAUCCCCGGACGCUAUUAUCCCCCUCCCGUCGAAAUCCCAAUCUCGUACUAUGAGCGCUAUGGCUGCAGUCGAGCUUUUUGCGGCAGGGAAGUCUAGCCCUAGAUUGACUCCGCGUUCGAAGACGAAUCCCCGCUUCGGUUUCUCCCUCGCAGUCGGGCCUCCACGCGGUUGCAGAGCCAUGGCUUUGACUCGCCCCAUUUGCCCUAAAAGCCUCCAUCUUGGGCUCCGAACCGGUCGGAUUUGCCCGCCGAGUCUCGGGAGGAGGUCCAUUUUCUCAUGUGCUGCUUCAACAGAGGAACCGGAGCAUUUAGAUAUCAAUGUUGAGGAGGAGAAGAGCAAUGCUAAAAUGGAUGCAGAAGAAGCACAAGUUGCCUGGGAAAGGACCCUUGAUUAUAUAAGAGAACAAGCCAAAAAGAUGCAGAAUCUGUCACAAGAAGCGUACGACGUGUAUUCCAAGAAAGCUAUCAUUAUUUUGAAAGAAACUUCUGAGAAAAUUGAGAUUCAGUCCAAGAAAGCAAGAAGCGAUUUGAGUGUGGUUGCAAAGGAAGUCGGAAAGGGAAGUAAAGAGUAUUUGACUAUAGCUGCUGAGAAAUCCCCUGAAUCCCUUAAGGAUGUUGUUGAAACAUUUGCUUCCUCCACCGAUGAAUUGAAUGAUGUCUCUGAAAUUCGUGACUUUCACCUUGGGAUACCAUAUGGUUCUCUUCUUUCCGUUGGUGGCUUUUUGUGCUUCAUGCUUACUGGAAGUAUCGCUGCUAUAAGGUUUGGGGUUAUUCUCGGUGGUACUCUGUUGGCCUUGAGUGUCUCAAGUCUAAGAUGUUGGAGAAAAGGAGAAAUAAAUUCCCUCGCCUUAAGAGGACAAGCAGCAAUUGCUACGAUCUUAUUUUUAAGAGAGCUCCGCCUGCUGUUUCAGAGAGCAUUUAUUGCGAACAUUUUCACAACGUUAAUCAGUGGCGCGAUGGCAGCAUUCUUUUCAUAUAGGAUGAUGAUAAGUGAUGGCAAGCAGACAAAGGGUUCAGAAAAUUGAUAUACCAUCAUCCUUCUCUCCCUUGGGAGGCCAUCUUUUCUUUCAUCAAAUGUCAUCACUCUUCUAUUCUUUCUUUGUUUUUUUUUCUUUUAUGUUGUAACAAUAAAUGAACUCAAGUGGUGUAAUACAGUAUGCGUUUCACUGCCAUGGUUGGGAGGUAUAACAAUUAUUAAUUCAUGUUUGUGUUGUGUUUGAGCAGUUCAUGAAUCAUCUCCAAUUGAGUCAUUUUUGGCUUUGCAUUUGGUGAAUUAGAAAUGGGAUCCUGAGAAGAUUAUAUUUGUUUGAAUCAUCCAAACCUUGGGUGGAGAGCCACACUUGAAUGAACUGGGCAAAAAAUU